AUGUUUAGUGUGCCUUCCACAAAUAGUGAUAUGCAAGAAGAUGAAGAUGUUCAAGAAGUAUUUAGUAGUGGGUUGCCUAAAAAACCUGUUUUAGGUAAAAUAAAGGGUACAAAUCCAGUGGAUAAUUACUUUGCUCCAAGAACUACUCCAAGAGCUCAACCUGGUCUUAAAAGUGUGUUCCAAAGUAAAGAAAUGGUGAGGCAAGCUGAUAUGGCUAUUGCAAGGUUUCCGUAUGACAAUUGCAUUCCUUUUAAUGUAGUGAAUUCAGUGUACUACCAAAAGAUGAUUAAUGCCGUAGCUGCUGCUGGUCUUGGCUACAAAGGUCCAUCUUAUCAUGCUAUACGAGUCCCUUUGUUGAGGGAUCAAAAGAAAGAGGUUCAGUUGUUGGUUGAGUCACAACGUAGGCUUUGGGCAGAAGUUGGAUGUACACCUAUGGCUGAUGGUUGGACAGAUACUAGAUAUAGGUCAUUGAUUAAUUUCCUUGUUUAUUAUCCUAGGGGAAUGGUAUUUGUAAAAUCAGUUGAUGCCUCAGAUAUUGUGAAGAGUACUAGAAACUUAUUUAAACUAUUUGAUGAAGUAGUUACAUGGGUUGGUCCAAAAAACAUAGUUCACAUGGUUACUGAUAAUGCUUCCAAUUAUGUAUCUGCUGGUAAAUUGUUGUGUGAAAAAUAUAAAACUAUAAGUUGGUCUCCUUGUGCAGCACAUUGCUUGAAUCUUGUGUUACAGGAUAUGGGAGUCAUGCCUCAUAUGGAGAGACUCAAAAAACGUGCAUCCAAAGUUACAAUUUUUAUUUAUAAUCAUGUGGCUUUGAUUGCUUGGUUAAGGAAGAGACCUGGUUGGACAGAUAUUGUACGUGUAGGAGCAACAAGAUUUGCUACUACUUUCCUUUCAUUUGGAAGUCUUCAUGUGCAUAAGCAUGACUUGCAAGCCUUAGUGACUAGCAAGUUCUUUGUGGACAAUAGAUUGGCAAGAGAGUCAAAGGAAAAAGAAGUAGUUUCUAUCAUUUUAGAUAAUUCUUUUUGGGAUGAUAUUAAUGUUCUUGUCAAGAUUUCAUCGCCACUCAUUCGUUUGUUACGGAUUUUUGAUUCUGAUCAAAGGCCUGCAAUAGGAUAUGUGUAUGAGGGCAUGCAUAGAGCACGGUUGGGAAGCAAGAAGAUCUUCCGAAUGAAGAAGCACUUGCUUUACAAUAAAAAGUUUAAUUUUGACCCCAUUGAUUAUGCAAGUAUCGACAAAACUGAUUUUUGGGUAUUUGUGGAAGAGGAAGACCCAUAUCUUAAUUAUGAAGAGUUGAAGAAUGCAAUUUAUGAAGAGGGUGCAUAUCCAGCAAGUGCAGGGCCUUCUUCUAAUAUUGAAGAAUCUGUAGAUGAUAGCAGUGAGGUUGAAGGAAUUGAUUUGGGAACAUUUGGACAACCUGUUGGCCCUCCUCCUGGGUUUCCAGGGAAUGAUGAUGAGCAUGAUAACUAUCAUGACAUUGAUGAUUUAUGA